UCAGAACAACUGGAAAAUCUCUUAAGAUAUGUGCUAUUCUGAUCCUCACCUCCUCUGACUGCGUGGGGGCGUUGUCAUGACAAUGUCCCCUUGUCCAUCACAUGGAAGCGAGAGGGAUAACUGGGAACAACAUCUGUCUUCUCCAGCAGGUGCCGUUUUUUCGCAUGGAGGUCCAUAGGAGUGUCGAAUGUAUUAUUGUUGUUGUUGUUGUUGUUUUAACGUAUGGCAUGUUUUCUACGUGUGGCUCUUUUGAUCGAAUAUAAGUUUUGUAAUUAUUAGGUUGUUAUGUUACUGAUAUAAGUAUGAUAUAUUGGAGUUUGGUCGUCACUAGUUCGCACAGCCACAAAGUCGUUAACCCCACCAAUUUCUACAAUUUAUCUUCAUAAAAUGUGAUUUGAAACCUUAACCACAGUGUUAAACUUAUCCCUAACCUUAAAUGAAAACCACAAAGUUAAUUUUUAGUUUUCAUGAAUUCCUACGAUGUAGACUGUCGUCUUUGUGGCUGUGGUAACUAGUGGAAACAGUUGUACCUGUUCACAGUGAGAUCUGCCCUCUGAUUGGCUAGAAUGGGUUCCACCUGAUUUUUGCCUCCUCCCAAAUGGCUUCUAUUUUCGAAGACGUUUAUUUUGGUUGUUUGAACGGCCACGACAUUAUCUGGAUAAUGUGUCCGUCAUGAUAAAUGGACCCGGAAGAAGAACCUCAACAAACCAGUGGCCAUGUGCAGGAAGGCAGCGCUGCGUUAUGGUGCGGACGUGAAACACUGAAGGCGCCGACGUUGGACAGGGCAAAUCUUGCUGUUCCCAAAAAUGCUGACAUCACCAGUAUCUCUGACAUCACCAGUAUCUCUGACAUCACCAGUAUCUCUGACAUCACCAGUAUCUCUGACAUCACCAGUAUCUCUGACAUCAACAGUAUCUCUGACAUCACCAGUAUCUCUGACCAAACUUCAAUUCGAUCUGUAAAGGUCUAUCUACCUACACCCCUCUACACACCACACAACCAACCAGCUCAAACCAAAUCGGCACCUCUGAAACCCAAGAUGGCUACUAGAUUUAAUGCCCUGAUGGCUACGGUGGUCACCCUGUUGGGGGCCACCUUGGGAGGCCUGUUACUAUGGCGACAGCCAACCCUGAGGACACAGAAGAAGCGGCGUCUAGCUCCGGGUCAGAUAGGGGUCAGCACUGGUCCCGUAUCAGUGGAACAGCUGGGUCCUGUGAAACCAGAGCCUGUGGUUGUGGAGCCGGCCGAGUCCCAGCUAACCCCUGGUCAGAGCCUGGACCUCCUCCUGCCUGUUUCACUGCCCCCUGCUGACCAGCUCUUGGCAGUGCAGUCAGUGAUGGUGAGCUCUGAGGAGGAUUGGGAGCAGCUGUGGCCGUCACUGCAAGAGGAGCUAUCAGUCUACCCUGUCCUCGGGCUGGACUGCGAAUGGGUGUCAGUGAAGGGUCAGCCGUCUCCGGUCUCCCUCCUCCAGAUGACUUCCUACUCUGGCCUGUGUGUGGUGGUGAGGCUACAGCUGCUCCGAGGAAGCCAGCAGGACUUUCCCCUCAGCUUGAAGGAGGUCCUCCGGGACCCCCAUGUCCUGAAGGUGGGCGUGGGCUGUUAUGAGGACGGGAAACGUCUGACCCGAGACUACGGUCUGUCUCUGGGGAGUACCGUGGACCUGAGAUAUCUCGCACUACGACAAAGGAAAGUAGUGCUGAACAAUGGUUUGAGCCUUAAGUCUCUGGCUGCUGACCUGCUCAAUGUGUCUCUGGAUAAAUCCAUGGCUCUACGGUGCAGUAACUGGGAGGCUGACCAGCUGACCCCAGAACAGAUAACUUACGCAGCCCGAGACGCCCAGGUAUCAAUCGCCCUGUUCAUCCACCUGCUGGGCCUCAACUCAGACGCCACGCCCUCACCUGACAGUGGGAGUGGCUAUACCCAGCUGGCCAAUCGCUGCCAGGGCCUGGUAGACACACCCUUCAGGGAGAGGGGUGGAGGAGAGGGAGAGGACGGUGAGAGGAAGAGGAAGAAGCGCCAGCAGCCUACUUUGGAAAGCCCCGAGACUGGGGACCAGCAAGUAGCAGACCCCAGGAGGAACAACAAGAGGAAACCGCUCGGUGUGGGCUACGCUGCUCGGAAGUCUCCUCUUUAUGACAACUGCUUCCUCUAUGCCCCGGAUGGACAACCCCUCUGUACCUGCGACAAGAAGAAGGCCCAGUGGUACCUGGAUAAAGGAAUAGGAGUGCUGCAGAGUCAGGAGCCAUUCAUCGUGCGUCUGCUGUUUGAGCCUUCGGGACGUCCAGACUCCCAGCAGGACUACUACCUGACUGCCAAGGAGAACCUGUGUGUGGUGUGUGGCAAGAACAACUCUUAUAUCAGGAAGAACAUCGUUCCUCAUGAAUACAAACGUCACUUCCCCUCGGAGAUGAAGGACCACAACUCCCAUGACAUCUUGCUGCUGUGCACUUCCUGUCACGCGGCCUCCAACGUGCACGACGGCUUCCUGAAGCAGCAGCUGGCUGAUGAGUAUGGCGCGCCCCAGGGGUGUGAGGAGGAGGGCGUACAUCUCCUGGAGGACUCUGACCGCAGGAGGGUUCGUUCUGCCGCCCGAGCCCUGCUCACCGUGGGGGCGGGGCUUCCAGAGGCCAGGAGAGAUGAGCUACAGAAGGUCAUAAGGUCCUUCUUCAACGACACCGACGUGGAGCUGACUCCUGAGACACUUCAGAGUGCUGCAGGCCUGGAGACCAGGAUCUUCAAUGAGAACUACGUUCCCCACGGGCUGAAGGUGGUGAAGGCGACCGCCGAGCAGGGCAUGAAGGGAUUAAUGGAGCUGGAGCGCCGCUGGAGGCAACACUUCCUGUCCACCAUGACACCUCGCUACCUUCCUUCUCUCUGGUCUGUCAGCCACAACCACAACAAGUUACUACGCAGGUACGGAGAGGACCUUCCCCUCCAGCUGAACUGACCUACAGUCACCACACCACAGUCUGGUUCCCAGGCUGGAUCUGUCUGGUUCCCAGGCUGGAUCUGUCUGGUUCCCAGGCUGGAUCUGUCUGGUUCUCAGGCUGGAUCUGUCUGGUUCCCAGGCUGGAUCUCAUCAGCUGUUGCAGCAGCCUCUACCUGGUUAUUACACAGUAUCCCAGAGAACAGACUAAUGCCUACAGGUGAAGGGUUGUAAUUCUGUGUGUUCAGUGCCUGCGAUCCUUAGUCUACUGUUGGCUGGACGAGGACAUCUGUUGCUCUGAUCUGAUUGUGGUGCCUUAAUGUUAAAUGCCAGACAGGCUGUGCUCGUGGGCCCAGCAGGAUGUAUUGGCUGCCUUACUGACAAAUUGGCACCCUGUUCUUUUAUAUAGUGUAGUACAUUUUGAGAUCUAGAGCCUGAGGAGAGAGACUGCCUUGUGGUUCUGACCGAGGUCAAAUAAUUCUGUGUCAAGAACACUGACUGGAGACGAUGGUGUAGAAUUCAUGAUGAAAUGCUAUUGAAUAAAACCCUAAAAAAAAACCUGGUUUAGGAUCGUAACGAUACCAGUAUCCCAAUACUCUGAGUUAUAGUGGCAAGGAAAACAAAACAUGAAGCAGACUGAAUUUCCUGAGAGUAAACAGUCCUAAUGCCGUCAACCAGAAUCACAUGUUUAUUUUCCUACAACGGACAAUAUUUGACAUCCGGUAGAUUUGAAUGACGCCAGAGUUCAGUCUGCUUUGUGUUUUCCUUGUUGCCAUGGAAAUACCAAGUAUCGUUACUCUCACCAUAGUGGUAUGGUGACGAUCCCUGCUAUGGUUCUAGUUUCCCAGAUUUAAAAACUAGUCCUGGCCAGAAAAUAGCGUAGGAGACGAGACUUCAUCUAGGUCCAGGAAACGGGCCCCAUGCAGUGCAUUUGGGAAAGUAUUCAGACCCCUUGACUUUUUCCAUAUCUUGUUACAGCGAUAUUCUGAAAUGGAUUAAAUGGCCGUUUUUUUUCCCCCUCAUUAACAUAUCCACAUGAUGUUGACGUCGAUUUAGGAAGCACCCCACAUAUCCCUAAUUGUACAACUGACUAGGUGUGUGUCCCCCCCCCCACCCCCCUUUCCUUUCUCAUAAUGACUAAGCAAAAAAACUUGUUUUUAGACUUUUUUUUGUUGCAAAUUUAUUGAUUUAUUUGACAUUUUU